GAAGAAGAAAUAAGUGUUGGAUGGCGGAUUCUAAAAAAGUUUCAAAAUUGAACUCUAUCGAUCUCUCAUCUCCUCAUAUUCCCACCUCUGUAUCCUUACUCAAACAGGUUUCUCUCAAGUGAAAGGAUUUAUGUUCGUUUUUGUGUGUAUGUGUAUUCAGAAGGAGAUAUAGUUUGAUUUUGGGUGUUCAAGUGUCUGCGAUUUGUUAUCGGUUGUGGAAAUACAUGCUUGUUUAUUAUAUUGAUUUGUUCUACAAUUAGAUUUGAAAAUUAGGGAUAUGAAAAAAGAACUUCGUGGAAAGGAUUGUAUCAAUAACUGGAGAGUUAAUUAGUUAUAGGUCCCAUCUCCGCGGAUAUCAUCUAAACAAACCCCACUUAAGUUUUUCAAAGAUUACUUGUCGUUAAUUUGAUAUGUUUUAUAUUUCAUAGGCCUGCGUAGAUUCCGGUUUCUUCUACGUAACAAAUCAUGGAAUCAGUGAGGAAUUUAUGGAUGAAGUUUUUGCGGAAAGCAAGAAGCUCUUCGAUCUUCCAUUAGAGGAGAAAAUGAAGCUUCUUAGAAAUGAGAAACACCGAGGCUACACUCCUGUUCUUGAUGAACUCCUUGAUCCCGCCAAUCAACGCCAUGGUUUGUUCAAACUCAAGUGAUCACAAGGAAGGAUUUUACAUUGGUAUCGAGCUUCCUAAAGAUAACCCUGAAGCUCAAAGAACAUUUUAUGGGCCAAAUUUAUGGCCUGAUUCAGAUAUCUUGCUUGGAUGGAGGCAGACUAUGGAAAAAUAUCAUCAACAAGCUCUGAAAGUAGUUAGAAAAAUAGCAAGGUUCAUUGCCCUUUCUCUUGAUCUUGAUGCCAACUUUUUUGAAAGACCAGAAAUGCUUGGCAAUCCGAUUGCAAUCUUACGUUUACUGCAUUAUGAAGGCCAAGUAUCUGACCCUUUGAAGGGAAUAUAUGGAGCUGGUGCACACUCUGAUUAUGGUUUUAUAACUCUCUUGGCAACAGAUAAUGUUUCUGGACUCCAAAUAUGCAAGGACAAAGAUGCUAAGCCUCAGGUGUGGGAAUCUGUUGAACCCUUAAAAGGAGCCUUUGUGGUAAAUCUUGGUGAUAUGCUGGAACGAUGGAGCAACUGUAUUUUCAGGUCAACGUUACAUCGGGUGUUAGGAAGUGGUCAAGAGCGAUAUUCUAUUCCAUACUUUGUAUUGCCAAGUCAUGAUUGUAUGGUUGAAUGCUUACCUACCUGCCAUUCAAAGAAAAACCCUCCCAAGUUUCCUCCAAUCAAAUGUGAAACCUACCUUCUUCAACGAUAUCAAGACACUCAUGCUCAACUUAGUACAUACAAAAAACCCUAAAUUUCAUUUGACCAAUUUGUUAAAGUAACAAAAUAGUUAUUAUUAUUUAGAUUUGUGGUGAUAGUAACUAAAAUUAUCAAUUUCCAUAUUGUGAAACUAGUCUCAUAUAAAAGACUAUUAUGUGUUGCAUAUUAUAUUGAACUUAUAAGGUGUUUAACGAAA